AUGGCGUCCUACACCAUUCCUAAGCUCAAGGGCGCAGACACGUGGCGCGAGCUUGAGUCCAAGUUCCCUCCCCUUAAGAACGACCUCCUGCUCCGUGCCGCACGCGGCGAGGAGACCCCGCGCGCUCCCGUCUGGGUCAUGCGCCAGGCUGGGCGGUACCUCCCUGAAUUCAUGGAGGUCAGAAAGAAGCACUCGUUCUUCGAGUGCUGCCAGACCCCCGAGCUUGCCACCAAGCUCACUCUCCAGCCUAUCGACCGCUACCCGGCCCUCGACGCGUCCAUCAUCUUCUGUGACAUCCUCGUCGUGCCCCAGGCUCUUGGCAUGGAAGUACUCAUGGAGCCAUCGAAGGGCCCCGUCCUCCCCCAGCCUCUGACGACGCCGGCCGACCUCGCCCGCCUCCCCGAGACGGUCGACGUGCAGAAGGAGCUCGGAUACGUCUUUGAUGCCAUCACGCUCACCCGGCAGGGCCUUGAUGGCCGCGUGCCCCUCAUUGGAUUCUGCGGGGCGCCUUGGACCCUCAUGGCGUACAUGUGUGAGGGAGGAGGUAGCAAGACGUUCGAGAGGAGCAAGAGCUGGCUGUACAAGUACCCCGAGGAGAGCAAGGCCCUCCUCACCAAGAUUGCGGACGUGUGCGCCGACCUCCUCGUUGGCCAGGUCCUCGCCGGUGCCCAGAUGCUCCAGGUCUUCGACUCGUGGGCCGGCGAGCUCACUCCCAACCACUUCCAGGAGUUUGCGUUCCCCGCCCUCGUCCACAUCUCGCGCAAGGUGCGUCACGUUCUCAAGGAGCUCGGCCACGACGAGGUCCCCAUGACCCUCUUCCCGCGUAUGGUACACGCGCCGUCGUCGCUUGCCCUCCUCAAGCCCGAGAUUAGCGGGUACGACACCCUCGGUCUUGACCAGGGCCUUGACGCUGUCGAGGCGCGCCGCCUCGUUGGACCAGAGAUCAACCUCCAGGGCAACUUUGACCCGGUUGUGCUCUACGGCGGGCGUGAGGGGAUCGAGAAGGAGGUCGCGCGCGUCUGCAAGCGCUUCCACGAGGCUGGGGGUGGCUGGAUCGCCAACCUCGGUCACGGGAUUACGCCCAACGUCAAGCCCGAGGACAUGGGCUGGUUCCUCGAGUGCGUGCACAAGUACUCUGUGCGGAAGUAG